AUGAAACGUUUGAAGGAGAAUUCGCGAUGGUUCGGACAUGCGGAGUUCAACUGCUUCCUUGUACUGUACAGCAUAACAGACAGGCGAUCAUUCGAUAGGGCCCUUGAGUACAUGGACCUCAUCCUCAACCACGAACUGACUGCCACCAGGGCGGUCAUCCUUGUCGCAAAUAAAAACGACAUGGAGAGGUCGAGGAUGGUCGGAACCAGAGAGGGAGAACUGGCAGCAGAGAUGCGCCGAUGCGUAUUCAUGAACAUAUCAGUCAUGAUCAAUCACCAGAUCGACGAACUGCUCCUAGAACUCAUGGCCCAACUGAAGAAAGGUCACAUAGCCAGAAGUCGAAGGGCCUCGAGUUUGAGACCACCGGGCAGAAAUCAGCGAAAUCAUUCCGGAGACUUUCCAGGAGAGAGGCAGCAAGGAAGUGUAGUUCAGGGAGGAAGUCCCAGAGAGAGUAUUUGGGCGAGGAUAAGAAGAAGUUCGUUUAGGAGAAGGAUGUCAAAAUCCUGUGAAAACCUUCUUUGAAGGAAUUGUUGUUGUGUCGAUAACUUAAGGUUGGUUGUUUGAGUCAUAUCGUGACGUGCUACUUUAAGAGUCCUACAUACCAGUUUGUUUCUUUGAAUCGUUCAUUUUAAAUGAAGUCAAUGUUUUUUGAUGAUAUCUUAUUUUACUCAGUCGUAUUUGAUGGAUUAACAAUAUUUUAUUUUUAAAUUAAUUUGAAUUGUGAACUUUUACUUUCGUUAAUUUUCAGUCGCUCUGAUUUAACAUUACUAUUAAUUAAUUCGUACAUUUUCAACAUUACAAGAGUUCAUGUACCACACACACACACACACACACACACACACACACACACACACACACACACACACACACACACACACACGUGUAUGCGCGUUAAUCAUAAUUAAUUUUCGUUCUGGUUAAACCAAACUUUGAUCAUUAUAAAAAUUUCGGUAUAAAAAAAACAAUUUAAUCGGCAGAAUUAACCAAAACAUGUUUCGUACUAAUUACACUUUGAAACAAAAAUAAAAUACAUUGAAUGUGUUUGUUAGUAGUAUGCGGCAAGUCCUAAAUGAUAAAGAAAAGUUUAUUAUUCCAAUAAAAAAAUUUUAUUUAGUCUAUGAUAACAUAUAAUUUUAUAUAUUUAUGUAAUAUUUGUUAAUUUUUUUUUCUAUUUAGUCAAUCAAUUCAUUCAUUCAUUCAUUUAUUUGGUCAAUCACUCAAUAAUUAUUUAUUUAUUCAUUAAGUAAGUAAUAAUUAGUAAAAGACUCAAACAAUCUUGAUGUUCUGUUCAUCCUGAAGAUGCAUUGAAGUUUUGUAGACAUCUUGAAAAUGCCUGUUCAUAUUGUUCAGCAGUCUCUUGUUCUCAACGUUGUUGAUUGUUUGUUGAGCAUUGUUUGCAACAUUGUUGCUGUGCUGUCUUUGUUGCAGUUGUUGUGUUUUCUGUUGUUGUUGUUGCGCGUUAUUUUGUAGUUGCAGGCCGUAAAAACUUUCAGGGGUUCUCAAACCAAGUGGAUAGGCCAUAGGUUCGUAUUGAGGAGUGGUGCUCUUGCUUCGCUGUUGUUGUUGUUGCUGUUGUUGCUGCUGCUGUUGCUGCUGUUGCAGAUGUUGUCUUUUGACCAGUGUGUUGUUGAGUUGGUUGUUGGCAAUGAUUUGUUCGUCUUCCAUGUUGUGUGCAAUGCAAGUUGGACAGCAGUCGUCGUAAUUGAAUGGAGGUUGUGCGUACUUCUGCACUGUCUUCGGCAUGCUUCUUCUAUCAACCGAUCCAACUGCAUAAGCUAAGGCUGUUAUGUGUUGUUGUUUUUGUUGUUGUUGCUGCUGCUGUUCAUUCAAUCUUGCACUUCCGGUUGAAAGUGGAAAUAGAGAAUCACCGGAAAUAGAUUGCGGAGGAGGUGGAACAAUUAAUGACGAGGUCAUCGAAAAACAAUUAUUAUCGUUCAUGCUGACGUCACUAAUGUUAUUAUUCAGAUUGUUAGCAACUAAAUUGUUGUUGUUGGUAGUGAUGGGGAUGUUGCUGUUUCGAGGUUCAAUCACAGAAAGGCAGCCAUACAUAACUCGGUCGUGUUCCAGGUCAAAAUCAUUGUUUUUCUGGCUUGAUGAUGUCAUCAGGCUUUGCAUCACGUGCUUGCUGGCUAUGUUUGAUCUUCUUCGAAUGCAGUGAACAAGAAGGAGGAGGAACAUUCCGAUCAUGACUCCAAGUCCUAUGCCCAACAAGACCGCCAGCAGUAUGCCUUCGUCGUUCAAACAGUUCAAUCAUUCAAUGUUUUGUUGAAAUAUAUAUGUACAUAUAGUUACAUAAAUAUACAUAUAGUUUAUUUCGUCUAAUCAAAUAAUUUAUUUACAUAUUUAAGCAAUUAACUAUAUUCAAUUUCAGUUUAAGUUUGAAAAAGUAAAAAUCUGUGACAAUAUAAAAACAAUUUAUUUUACAUUCAAUUUAUUGCAAUAGAAAAC